AUGGUCUCCAUACAUUUUGGAAAGUUCUUUUCAAGGCUAAAUAUAACCAGGCUCCUAUCUCUCCUGCUGCUCGGAGCGGUGUAUUUAUCAUACGUCCUCAUUGGAGGGGUGGUCUUCUGGAAGCUGGAAGGGGACCAGGUAGAGAACCAGAUUGCUGUUCUGAAGGAGAAGAGGAGCACCCUUUUCCAGGUGUACCCAUGUCUGAACCAGGAGGGCCUGGAGGACCUGGCAGAGAUGAUCCAGUCUGCGACAAAGAAUGGAUUCAGUAUGAAAGUGAACCAUACAUCCGGAGGCUUCUGGAAGUUCACCAGCUCUGCUGUGUUUGCUGCCACUGUUGUCACAACAAUAGGUUAUGGUAAUAUGAGUCCCAGUACAAUGCCUGGCCAGAUUUUCUGUGUGGUCUUUGCUGUCUUUGGAAUCCCCCUCAACUUGGUAGUCCUAAACAGAGUGGGCAAGUACAUGCUGGCCAUCGAGAGAAAAUUCUGCAACUUUGUUGCGAAAAAGACCAACUACCAGAAAUGCGUGAGGGUCUCCAUCCAUUUUGUGUCUUUCCUCAUCUCAUCAGUGCUCUAUUUUGUGGUUCCCAUGCUGCUGUUUAAAAAGUAUGAAGGCUGGACCUACCCACAGGCCAUCUACUACUGCUUUAUCACACUCAGUACUGUAGGCUUUGGAGACUACGUUGCAGAUUAUAAUCCUGAUAAGGAAUACCCAGACUGGUAUGGCUGUAUCAUGGGAGUGUGGAUAUUUUUUGGCCUGGCCUGGCUGGCUUUAGUCAUCAAUCACUCAAUUGAUCUGCUGGAGGGGUUUAACACUUACCUUAAAUCAGGAAAAAUAAGUGGUGACAAGAAGCAGCCUUCUGAAGAGGAGGAGGUGAAGGAGCUGCCAGAGACACAGAAAAAGGAAGCUGAACAUUAG